AUUGGAUGCCUGUUUGUCUCUUUAACGCAUGUGAUCAGUCGGCAAGCUGACUUUCUCACUUACAGAGAGAUCAGCCCGUGUAAUCGGACCUCACUGGGUUGUAACUUCCAAUCUAUCUGAUACGCAGGUAAGCCAUGCCAUCUAGUUCGGAGUCCGCACCUGUUUGCCCACAUGCUGCCAAGGUCCUCCUGAAGGGUGAGAAUGGAGAAUCUGUGGUUAAUAGAGAUGGCAAGCUGAACUGUGAAUCUGUCUUAAAUGGCAAGGAUGGGCAUAAUUCUAGUAUCAAAGAUUCAACCCAAAUGACUGGUCAUCAUGUAAAGAAAGUGGAUGAAGAUCAUAUGGAGAGUGGAACUCCUGAGAGGAAAUGGAUUCGCCCAGAUUUGCCCAGUAGAUGCACCUGGAAACUCGGCCUCCCCAAUACAGAUUCGCCCCACAACCACUUCAAACCGACUGAAAACCCCAGUAUCCUCCCCAACAUUUUAAGUAAAAUUGGAGACACCCCUCUGGUCCGCAUGAACAAGAUUCCCAAAGCGUUCGGCCUUAAGUGUGAGCUCUUGGCUAAAUGUGAGUUCUUCAAUGCCGGUGGAAGUGUAAAGGACCGAAUCAGUCUGCGUAUGAUAGAGGAUGCUGAGCGUGAUGGGAUUCUGAAACCUGGAGACACCAUCAUAGAGCCCACAUCAGGAAACACAGGUAUUGGUCUUGCCCUGGCCGCAGCAGUCAAAGGUUAUCGUUGCAUCAUUGUCAUGCCCGAGAAAAUGAGUAUGGAAAAGGUGGACGUCCUUCGUGCUCUUGGUGCCGAGAUUGUUCGAACCCCUACCUCAGCUCGCUUUGAUUCCCCCGAGUCUCAUGUGGGUGUGGCUUGGCGUUUGAAGAAUGAGAUUGCAAACGCUCACAUUCUGGACCAGUAUCGCAAUCCCAGUAACCCUCUGGCUCACUAUGACACAACUGCAGAGGAGAUUCUGCAGCAGUGCGACGGUAAAAUUGACAUGCUGGUGGCUGGAGCUGGCACUGGUGGCACCAUCACUGGCAUUGCCCGCAAGCUGAAGGAGAAAUGCCCUAAUAUCAAGAUUGUUGCCGUUGAUCCUGAAGGCUCAAUCCUAGCUGAACCAGAAGAACUGAAUAAGACUGAUAAAACUCAAUAUGAGGUGGAAGGCAUUGGAUAUGACUUCAUCCCCACUGUUCUGGACAGAUCUGUUGUCGAUAGCUGGUACAAAUCUACCGACGAAGAGUCUUUCGCCAUGUCUCGUAUGCUCAUCAAAGAUGAAGGUCUCUUGUGUGGUGGGAGUUCAGGCACAGCCAUGGCUGCGGCUGUGCAUGUGGCUAAAGAGCUGAAGGAAGGCCAGCGCUGUGUGGUGAUCCUCCCCGACUCCAUUCGCAACUACAUGUCUAAAUUUCUAAGUGACAAAUGGAUGUGUGAAAAGGGCUUCCUGAGAGAGGAGGAUCUUUUUGUCAACAAGCCAUGGUGGUGGAACCUGACACUUCAGGAAUUGCGACUCUCCGCCCCACUAACUGUGCUUUCGUCAGUGUCUAUUAAGAAGACCAUUCAGAUCCUGAAAGUAAAGGCUUUUGACCAAGCCCCUGUCGUGGAUGAAGCCGGGCAGAUUCUGGGUAUGGUCACAUUGGGGAACAUGCUCUCUUCUGUUCUGGCUGGUAAGGUCAGCCCAUCUGAUCCUAUCAGUAGAGUCCUCUACAAACAAUUUAAACAGGUGCGCCUAACUGAUAACCUGGGCAAACUCUCUCGCAUUCUUGAGACGGAUCAUUUCGCUCUUGUUGUUCAUGAACAGAUUCAGUUGGAUGCUGUCAGCAGUCUGAAUUGCAGUACCUGUGUUGCAGACAUGGGCGAUGGAUCCUCCACGAUGAGGCAGAUGGUGUUUGGGGUCGUCACAGCCAUUGAUCUGCUAAACUUUGUGGCUAUUCGUGAGAGGAGAGAAAGAUCGAUGUCUGAAUGUUCCCUGUCAGAAGACCAGUGAAUGACCAACGCACAUAUAUCUUAAGGGUUGCUUUUAGCAAGACAGAAAGAUCAAUGCUACUUGUUUUAGUUUAGUUCUUUGCAAUCAGUUGAGUUUACAUGUCAUCUGACGUUUAUUAUCUCUUGCUGGGUUUCAUUCUUUGGUCUAAGUUUACAUUUGAGUUUAUGACGUGUCAUUGAACCACUAUUUUCGGAUUCAAUGUACUUUAAUUUUAUCAAAGUGUAUGUAAUAAAGCAAUAAAUGUUAUGCAUUUUAAUUUUCCCAAAACUGCUUGCGGUAUAGUUCAGGGUUUAUUUAGUUGAUGUCUAAAACUAUAUCGCCACCUGGUGGCAACAUUAGUUUACAGACAGGAAAAUCCAUUAUGUUCUGGUCUUGGUACAUUGAUUCUUGUAGUAAAUUGGAAGUUUUGUAGACCUGGUGGAUGAAAUUGGUAAUGGUUUGGCAAACCAAAUGACACCCAGUUGGGGUGAUGUGGUAUUUUUCUUGUAUUGAAACAAGAUAGUAUGAAACAGGGUGAAUGUAACAAGGUGCUUUUGCAGCUGCCACAAUGCAAAGCUUUAAACAGACCAUUCUGUUACACAAAAUAUGUUCUUGGUUUGUAUUUGUUUUUUUUUUGUGUGUUCUGUUCUCGUAAGUCUUUUAAACUCUUGUAAGUCAGCUAAGAAAUUCCAUGUUAAAGAAAAAAAACAUUGAUUGUGUGUAUAUAUGAUUUAAUGUGAAUUAAUGAAUGUGAGUGAUGCUAUCAUAUAUACUGUUUGAGUGCAUGCUGCUGAAGGCCUCUGGAUCAGAAUGUUUGUCUAUUCUACAGUUGAUUGUCAUUUGAUUUGCCUUUUUUUAAUAAAAAAGUCUGACUGCUACAAUUAUUAGAUAAAAAUAAAGGCUGUAUUUCCUAAA